ACAUUGGAGAGUAGGUUUGUGUGGCCACGAGGUUUGGAUCCCUCAAGAAUAAUUGAAUUUACCGGGUUUUUGGGCAGGAAUUUGUCGUCAUCCUGAAAUGCCAUCCAGUAACCCUCUUCCACCAAAAGAAAAUGCGUUAUUUAAAAGAAUACUGAAAAGUUACGAGCACAAACAAUACAAAAAUGGGUUGAAAUUCGCAAAGCAAAUUCUGUCGAAUCCCAAAUAUCAGGAACAUGGAGAGACACUGGCCAUGAAAGGCUUAACCUUAAACUGCCUUGGUAGGAAGGAUGAGGCUUAUGAGUAUGUAAGGAGGGGUCUAAGAAAUGACCUCAAGUCACAUGUGUGUUGGCAUGUUUACGGUUUAUUACAGAGAUCAGAUAAAAAGUAUGAUGAAGCUAUCAAGUGUUAUCGGAACGCCCUCAAAUGGGAAAAGGACAACAUUCAGAUCCUUAGAGAUUUGUCGUUGUUGCAAAUCCAAAUGCGGGACUUGGAAGGUUACCGGGACACCAGAUAUCAACUAUUGAUGCUGAGACCGACUCAAAGAACCUCGUGGAUAGGUUAUGCCAUGUCUUUCCACUUACUAGAAGACUAUAAAAAUGCCUUAAGCAUAUUGGAAACAUUUUUGGACCGGCAACAGGUUGAAGGGCUGGAUGUCACAAAGAAAGUAAACAACAUCGAUUAUGAGCACAGCGAAUUGCUGCUGUACCAAAACUUGGUGAUACAGGAAUCCGGCGACCUUGCGGGUGCCCUAAGGCACCUCGAAACUUUCCAAGACCAAAUUGUAGAUAAGUUAACACUUAAGGAGAAUCUAGCUGAACUCAACUUGAAGCUCAAAAAUUUCGAACUUUCGGCCUCUUACUACAAAGAACUGAUUGCCCGAAAUCCCGAGAACACCCUGUAUUAUAAGAAACUGAUUGAGGCGCAGCGUUACACCCGUGAAGAGGAAGUAGUGAAUUUUUACCGGGAGUAUGGGGAAAAGUAUCCCAGGGCGAUGCCUCCGCGUCGGUUGCCACUCAGUCACGCAACCGGUGACACUUUUAGGGUUUUAGUUGACAAAUACAUGAGAAAAGCCUUGUCGAAAGGGGUGCCUCCUUUGUUUGUAGACCUGAGGAGUUUAUAUACUGACCCGGUAAAAGUAGAGGUUAUCGAAAGUUUGUUGGUGGGUUAUGUGGACUCCUUGAAACGCCUCAGCAAAUAUAGUGUGACUGAGGGAAAGAAUGGCCCGAAGGAGCCGGCUAGCGCCCUUUUGUGGGUUUAUUAUUAUUUGGCGCAGCACUACGACUACCUGGGUAGGACGGAGAAGGCGUUACAGUUUAUCGACACGGCGAUCGAACACACCCCGACCUUAAUCGAACUGUUUGUUACCAAAGGACGGAUCUAUAAGCAUGCCGGCGACCCCCAGGAAGCAUAUAGGUGGCUGGACGAGGCCCAAGCGAUGGACACCGCGGACCGUUACAUAAACUCGAAGUGCGCGAAGUACAUGUUGCGCGCGAAUCUCAUCAAGGAGGCGGAGGAGACGUGCUCGAAGUUUACGCGCGAGGGCGUGUCGGCGAUGGAGAACCUGAACGAGAUGCAGUGCAUGUGGUUCCAGACGGAGUGCGCCCUCGCGUAUCAGCGACUCGGCCGUUACGGCGAAGCGUUGAAGAAGUGCCACGAAAUCGACCGGCAUUUCUCGGAAAUAAUCGAGGACCAGUUCGAUUUUCACACAUACUGCAUGAGGAAGAUGACGCUGCGGUCGUAUGUCGGCUUAUUGAGGCUCGAGGACGUAUUGAGGGGUCACCCGUUUUAUUUUAAAGCGGCCAGAUGCGCGAUCGAGGUUUACCUGCAUUUGUUCGAGCACCCCUUGAAGGCGGAGAGCGCAGAACAGGAACUGAAUACCGACGACCUGGCGCCGUCCGAACUGAAAAAGCUGCGGAACAAGCAGCGCAAGGCGAGACGGAAAGCGGAGCAGGAGAGCGCGCAGGCGCGCGAGGCUCAAGUGAAACGCGACCAGCACCACAAGUCGAGGCAACAGGGCGACGUCGAGGCGGACGCGCCGCAGCUCGACGAACUCGUCCCCGACAAACUCGCCAGGGUCGACGACCCGUUGGAGCAGGCGAUCAGGUUCCUGCAGCCUCUCCAGACCUUGGCUCAGGACCGGAUAGAGACGCACCUGAUGGCGUUCGAGGUGUAUUAUAGAAAAAGAAAAGUGCUGCUGAUGCUACAAUCGAUAAAGAGGGCGCACCGCGUCGAUGCCGCCAAUGCGAAGCUGCACGGUUGCCUAGCUCGCUUCCUGCGGGUCAUCGACGAUCAAAAGGAGUGGGACCCGGCCGUAGUCGAGGUCGUUGCUAGUGAGACGAAGGCGUUCCUUGACGCACGCGAUGUCGCGCGACUGAAUGAACGUUUCCUCUCGCGCAACGCGGACAGCUUGGCGGCGGCCCACGAGGCCGCGAAGGUGCUCUACCACUUAGACCCAGCCAAUCAGAAGCGGGCACUGGAUUUGGUUCUUACCAACGUAGACAAUAACAAAUGCGCGGACGCUAGCGUUGAGGUGUGCGCGGACAUUUUGAGGUCUCUGGAGGCGGGCGAGUUGGGCGCGUGCGACGCCCUCGCGGAAGACUUUAGGCGGCGGUGCGCGGUCCGCUUCCCGUACGCCGCCGCGUUCCGGCUAGAUAACGGAGACACGAGCGGCUGCAACCACCACGCGGAGACAACGCGGGACAGCCCCGAAGACGACCCGUCCGGCAACUGAUGUCUCCUGCUGGUGCGGAUCGGCUAGGGAAACGGCAGGGCGCAGCGCCGCGCCCCCCCAACGUUGUCGCGCGUACUCCCGCGCGGUACCGGCAAGAUUUCAAAUUUUCGUUAAAUAUUUUUUCGGGUGCUUCCGGCGGAAACGGAGCGCCUUCUUCCCCUGCAAGCGCGGGGGAAGAGGGAAGAUUUGCGCGUGCGGAACUGCGUUUUUACAGACCCUAAACAAAUUAAGAGUAGUGGUAUAUAACAUUUAUACCGGGUGUUAAAGUAUGUGUGUGGCAUAACUUUGAGGAGCGAUUCCUGGGGUUAAUUUUAAGACCUUCGUUUUUUUUCUAUAUUAUAUAUUUUUUUCCUAGUCAUUGGCGUCUUAAAAUAGGAGGAAAAAUUUACACAUUGAUGUUCACAUUUCGCACUGACUAAACACUCAUCCACAGAAUAGAAACACUUAAGUAAUUACGAAACAGUUAAAAUUCUUGACUUGAAAUUCUCUACACGAGUAGUAGUAACAAUUUCGCAAUCAUAUAAAAUUGGAACUUUAAUUUAGAAUUUUAGAAAGAAAAAAAAACUAAUCCCUAUCUUGAUAAACGCGGAACCGCGUUGAUAAAUCUACUUAAAAAUUAACGCCCAGGUAGUCGUUGCUUACAUGUGCCAUGUGCUCGGCCAACGCUCCGUAUUGCGUACCUCGAGACUUUUAAAAAAAAUAAAUUAUAUGACGACACCGCGUAUAAUUUUGCUUUUUUUUAUUGUAUAAAGUGCGUAGUGUAAUUUGUGAACGGCGCGGAGUGGGGAAAACGGACUUGGCGCGCGUGCGCGUCUGUAAAUUUUGUGGCGAAAUUUGGUUUGUAAUAUAUUCCGUUUGAUAUGCAUGUGGCCUGUGUGUCUCUGCUUGAUUUUGUCUCCGCCACCCUCUCCGGCGGUGGGCUCUUCAACAUCCAGAUUUUUAAUUAACGACAAGGUGAAACAAAUAAUAAAAAAAAUA